ACAAAUUUUCAGUUGUAUUUAAAUCUUUGAAUAUUAGUACUGUAGUAUGUCAACAAGACGACAAAGCAGUGGCGGUACUGGAUGGCCAAGAUAUGGAACACAGACAGCAACUUAUCCAGAUGAAAAGAACUCAUUACCUUUGAAACGAAUGAUCAGUCUGUAUCCUCUCACAAAUUAUACUUUUGGAACUAAAGAACCAUUGUUUGAGAGAGAUACAAGUGUUCAAUUGAGAUUUCAACGUAUGAGGGAAGAAUUUGAUAAAUGUGGUCAAAGAAGAUCAGUUGAAGGAGUUUUAAUUGUUCAUGAACAUGGAUUACCACAUGUAUUGCUGCUGCAACUUGGAACAACUUUCUUUAAAUUGCCUGGUGGCGAAUUACACCCUGGAGAAGACCAAGUUUCGGGAUUGAAAAGAUUAAUGACAGAGACCCUGGGAAGACAAGAUGGAAUAGCACAAGACUGGUUGAUUGAGGAUUGCAUUGGGAAUUGGUGGCGUCCUAAUUUUGAACCACCGCUUUAUCCGUAUAUUCCCGCGCAUAUCACAAAACCGAAAGAACAUAAGAAGCUGUUUUUGGUACAGCUUGGAGAAAAGGCUCUCUUUGCUGUCCCAAGGAAUUACAAACUAGUUGCCGCACCACUUUUUGAGCUUUAUGAUAAUUCGCCAGGUUAUGGUCCAGUGAUUUCAAGCUUGCCACAGCUUUUAAGUAGAUUCAAUUUUGUGUACAACUGAAUUGAAAUGCGGCUCUCCUACUAUUUGAAGGUAUCAAUGCAGAAUAAAUUGUUUGAAACUGACCUGAACAGAACUGAAAAGGGGGCUAUGGAUGAGAACUCUUGACGGGUGGGAAAUUACCAUCAAUAGUUGUGCACAUUUCAGAAUUGUCUGUGUAACCAGAUAGUCCAGAUUUCUGAAUUCCCAAAUUGUGAUUUCUUACAAAUACGAUUUUUACUAUUAAAAUGAUGAUUAAAAUUAUCUGAGAAAGGAAAAUUUGUAACACAUGUUUUUAAUAAUCAUUGUUGACUUUUUUUUUUAUCUUUUUGUGUCUUGUAUGUUAUCUUGAGGAACAAUUAAUGUUUCAAUGAGCUAUAUGUCGACUUGACUUAUUUAUGUAUAAAUGUAAGAUGCCAGUUCUAUACAAAACAUGAGGUGGCAUUUCACUA